AUGUGGAAAAAGAUUGUUUUUUUAGCCAUAUUGGCUGCAGUGAAGUGCAACCCAGUGCAAGUAAAAGGUGUUGCGGAAAACUUAGUGGGUGCUGUGUCUGAGUGCAUAGAAACAGAUACAUCGUUAUGUCUGAAGGAAAAGGCCUUAAAAUUUACCGAAAGGUUAUCCCUCCUAAAAGAUAUAAACAUCUUCGAGGGCAUGACCUUAGUGAAUACUGGAUCAGCGAGAUCAUCUCGCAGCUACGAGCCUUUGUCUGAUGAACCAAAGGCCAGAGAACUACAGAUCAACGAGAGAAUAGCUGACAACGUCGAUGACUUUUUGGACAACCACGUACUGCAGUUACGUUUGUCUGCUUCUGAUGACGAAUCGAGGUCUCUUGAUGAGGAAGGUCGUGGCAAGAAGAAGAAGAAGAAGCUAAAGAAGCUGUUACCCCUCCUUUUGCUGUUAAAACUUAAGUUUGCAGCCCUCAUCCCCAUCUUCCUUGGAAUCAUUGCGAUCGUUGCUGUCAAGGCCGUGUUCUUGGGAAAAAUUGCCUUCGCUAUGAGCGCCUUUAAUCUAAUAAGAAAACUUAUGUCAAAGAAAGGUGGAAUGAGUAUGGGUACGUCUUAUGGUGUUCCUCAGCAAGAUGAUCAUCCUGGAUACAACUACGAACCAGCCCCUCAGGGAUGGGGUAGAAAAGCUAGCGAUGGUGCAGCCCUGGCCUAUUCUGGCCACAUUUCCGACUGA